UCCCCGGAUUCUCAAUACUCUGACUUUCGUCGCACUGCGAGAAGGAAACUGUCCAGAAACAAAAUGGUAGAGGAAGCACCAGCUGCAGCUCCGGCCACCGCUCCGGCCAAGGCCGCCAAGAAGAAGGCCGCCAAGCCCAAGAAGAGCGGUCCUAGCGUGGGUGAGCAGAUCAUCAAAGCCGUGUCCGCGUCCAAGGAGAGGACCGGCAUGUCCACUAGCGCCAUGAAGAAGGUUCUGGCUGCCGGUGGCUACGACGUGGAGAAAAACAAGGCUCGCGUCAGGAUCGCCAUCAAGAACCUGGUCACCAAAGGGCUCCUGAUCCAAACUAAAGGAAUCGGCGCUUCCGGCUCCUUCAAGAUCAACAAAAAGACCGAGACCAAGGCUAAGAAGCCCGCUGCCAAGAAGCCCGCUCCUAAAGCCAAGAAGCCCGCAGCCAAGAAACCUGCAGCCGCCAAGAAGCCCAAAGCAGCGGCCGCAAAGAAGCCGGCGGCCGCUAAGAAGUCUCCGAAGAAGGUGAAGAAGCCAGCGGCAGCAGCCAAGAAGGCAGCAAAGAGCCCCAAGAAGGCUACCAAAAGCCCGAAGAAGGUGGCGAAGAAGGCCCCUGCUGCCAAGAAAGCUCCGGCCCCUAAGAAGGCUCCAGCUAAGAAGGCGGCAAAGCCUAAAGCCAAGAAGACCGCGGCCAAGAAGAAGUGAGCUGAUCACUCAACGGUUUAACACAAAGGCUCUUUUCAGAGCCACCA